AGAGAGUGUACAUGACAUUUAAUGUACUAUGAUGUUGAUUUGUAUAGUUAUAUGCAAAAUGUCCCAUUAUGGUUGUGGUUAAGUCAAGUCAAGCUGUAUGAGUUAUUAUCCUAUGUACAAGUGAAAUACUGCAUUGAAAUUGUACAAUUUUGUUUCACUGUGAAAUGCUUGUACGCUAAAUGCUUGUAUUUCUUGUUGUGGUAGCUGAUUUGGACGGUAGACAUGUAAUUUGGAAGUAACUCUCUUUGAUGAGCCUGCAACCGCCAUUUCUUGGGGAAGUAGUAGAAUUCCCUCUUAUUUUUCGUUUCACCACUAUAAAUAGCGAGGCAGAGGAGAAAGAGAGGGCAAACAAGAAGCAUUCAGAGCUCAGAGAGAGAGAGGGGAGAGAGAUAUCGCCCUGUUCCUCUCCAUCAGCCAUGGCCCUCAAAAGCGAUCUGAUCGCUUUCGAGAUCCUCCCCAGGCUGCCGGCGAAGUCCGUCGUCCGAUUCAAGAGCGUCUGCAAGCAAUGGCUCGCCCUGGCCUCCGAUCCCGUCUUCGUCGCCGUCCACACCCGCUGCAACCCCCUCACCGUCUCCGGCCUCCUCGUCCAAGAGGACUUUCAGGGCCCCCUCUUCUCCUUCUCAGUCGACGGCGGUGCCUCCGCAGUCCUUCCCGACCCCUCACUCUCCUCCCUCGACCACCGAUUCGGUCAGGGCGGUCGCUUCCACGUCGUGCAGUCCUGCAACGGCCUGCUCCUCUGCACAAAACCCUGGCAGUUGCUGUGCAAGACCUACAUCCUCCUCAAUCCAACCACCAUGCAGUACAGGCAAAUCCCCGACCCCCCUAUUGGCUCCUAUCCAUGUAAAUACCAGUUCAUGCUUGCUUUCGAUCCUUCCACAUCCCUGCAGUAUCGAAUUGCCUGCCUCAGCUCCAACGCCGUGCUCUCUUCGUCCGGUCCCACAGCUCACAUCGAGAUAUACUCGUCGGUUACCAGCGCAUGGGAGCUCUCAAGGGAGACUGUGCCGGGCGGUAGCAUUUCACGGAAAGGUGUUUACUGGAAUGGCGCACUGCACUGGAUCACUGAAGAUGCUUUGCUUGUCUCCUUUGAUGUGGAGCAGCAGGUGGUGCAGACCACCUGGUUGCCGUCACUGGGUCGCCGCGGGACGCGGCGUUAUUUCGGAGAGUCUCGCGGCCACCUGCACUUGAUUGAGACUGUAGAUGACGAUGAUAGCGGUGAUGUGGACUGGCUGCAUUUCCAAGUUUUUGAGAUGGGAAAAGACAAUCCGAGCUGGUCUUUAUUAUACGAUGUUGAUCUCAAUGCAGUGGGGGAUGUAUAUGCUCAUAUUUACCCCGUGCCCCGUUUUGAGAAUCGUCUUGGGAUUUUACCUGACUGGAGCUUCCUUGCAGUUCCUGUCUUUUUUGCUCGAGGAGGAAGAGGGGAAGAUGACAAGGUGUAUUUGGUCAAUCCCGAGAAAAUUUUAUGUUAUAACCUUGCAGAUAGGACCAGCCGCACAAUGUUUGCUAUGAAUUCACGCAUCAGACUACAUCCGACCUGGUCCUGGUCCUUCAAGACAAUCGAGUGCUUCUCAUUCGCUCACUGUCUCGUCUCUCCAUGAUCUUCACCAGUUCGGUUAGUUGAUGCCCAGAUAUGGAUCCGUUUGGUGCCAUCCUGGAUUGUCCACUUUAAUGCAUUUGGAUACUUGUGUUGAGGAUACUACUUACACUCUGGUUUACAUGUGGAUUUGAUAGACCUGUCUCCUUUUUUCGGCUUCCGUUUUCUUUGCUAUAAGUUUCAACUACUAUCUCACGGAGAACUAGUUACAUGUUUGGCAUUCUGAGCUAGUAACAUUGAAUUUCUGGUGUCUGCUAUCUUGCUCAAAGUUUGUUCUUU